AUUAUAAUAUUAAUUGUGCCAACAUUAUAACAGCAUUUAUAAACAGAAAUAAGUAAGUGUAACAUGUAUAUCUUCACUUCAUGUCUAUACGCUUUUCUGGUGUUAUUAGUGACAUCAUCUAAUGCCCAAGACCAGAAUGAGCAGAAGGUCACAGUUCGAGUAUAUCAUGAAUCACUAUGUCCCUAUGCCAAGAAGUUUAUUGUAGAUCAACUUGCACCUACAAUGAAGGGAAAUUUGUCAAGAUACGUCAAUCUAGAACUAGUACCUUAUGGAAAAGCUAAGGAAAUCCAUUUAGCAAAUGGUACACAAUAUUAUGAAUGUCAUCACAAAGUCCAAGAAUGUUAUGGUAACCGUAUCCAAGCAUGCGUAGACAACCACAUUGAAAAGUCCAAACGGGAGGAGUAUUUAAGUUUCGUUAGCUGUUUUAUGGGUAAUUUGACGACAAAUGUCGAGAAGAAACAAGUUGAUGAUACCUUAAAAAGAUGUAUACCUGAACCUCUAGAUGUUGACCAAAUACGUAAUUGCACUACAAGUCCAUUAGGCGAUAAACUCAUCGAGAACAAUGCAAAAAUUACAAAUGGCUUCCAAAAGCCUUUGCUCAAUGUACCUACAAUAGUGUUUAACGGAGUCUACAAUCCAUCGGAAAGUUCAGAAGCUGAAAAAAAUUUUAAAAGUGUACUUUGUUCAAAAAUCAAGGGAAAGAAGCCAGAGGAAUGUGCUAAUUUACCUAACAAAGGUGGUGAAUCCAAAUCCAAAGAUGCCAAUUUAACUAACAAAGGUGUUGAAGCAAAUAAAGUCUAUAUCGGAACGUUACUUGUAGCAUUGUUGUUAAUAUUGUACGUAUAACUGUAUGUUUUGCAAAAUUAUAAUAAACAUUUAUGUAAGCAA